GCUGCGAGCCGCGGCUGGGAGGGCGUGACUGGGGAAGGCUGGAGGCUCGGCUUUUUCUCCCCGGCUGCAUCCAGAUGUGCAAGCCACCGGCCGCCAGGGAGGCUUCGCCGCGCAGCCCCGGCCUAAACGCCUUCCAGGAGGUUUGUCCCCGCCUGCGCGCCGUGCCCUGAGCUCUCAAGCCGGGAAAGCGCGCGGACAUGGGCGAGACCAUGUCAAAGAGACUCAAGUUGCACCUCGGAGAGGCGGAGAUGGAGGAGCGGGCGUUCCUCAAUCCCUUCCCCGACUACGAGGCCGCCGUCUCCAGCGCGGGGCUCGUCGCUGGAGCCGCCGAGGAAACGGGCCGUGUUUGCCCUCUCCCCACCUCAGAGGACCCGGGCCUCCCUUUCCACCCCAACGGGAAGAUUGUUCCUAACUUCAUAAAGCGUAUCCAGACCAAAAUCAAAGAUCUUCUACAGCAAAUGGAAGAAGGACUGAAGACAGCUGACCCUCACGAUUGCUCUGCAUAUACUGGUUGGACAGGCAUAGCACUUUUGUACCUGCAGCUGUACCGGGUCACUGGUGACCAGACCUACCUGCUCCGAUCCCUGGAUUACGUGAAGAGAACCCUCCGAAAUCUGAGUGGUCGCAGAGUCACUUUCCUUUGUGGAGAUGCUGGGCCCCUCGCCGUGGGAGCUGUGAUAUAUCAUAAACUCAAGAGUGAAUGUGAGUCCCAGGAAUGCAUCACCAAACUUCUACAGAUGCAUAGAACGAUUGUCUGUCAAGAGUCAGAGCUUCCUGAUGAGCUGUUGUUUGGACGGGCAGGUUACCUGUAUGCCUUACUGUACCUGAACACGGAGAUUGGCCCCGGCACUGUUGGUGAGACAGCUAUUAAAGAGGUGGUCACUGCUAUUAUUGAGUCAGGAAAGACUUUGUCAAGGGAAGAGAGGAAAACUGAGCGCUGUCCUCUCUUAUAUCAGUGGCACAGGAAGCAAUAUGUUGGAGCAGCCCAUGGCAUGGCUGGAAUCUACUACAUGUUAAUGCAGCCAGAAGCAAAAGUGGACCAAGAAACCUUAACAGAAAUGGUGAAACCUAGUAUUGAUUAUGUGCGCCACAAAAGAUUCCGAUCUGGAAAUUACCCAUCUUCCUUAAGCAAUGAAACAGAUCGAUUGGUCCACUGGUGCCAUGGUGCUCCUGGAGUCAUCCACAUGCUCUUACAGGCGUAUCAGGUUUUUAAGGAGGAAAAAUACUUGAAAGAGGCCAUGGAGUGCAGUGAUGUGAUUUGGCAUCGAGGUCUGCUCCGGAAAGGCUAUGGAAUCUGCCAUGGCACCGCUGGAAAUGGUUAUUCCUUUUUGUCCCUUUACCACCUUACACAAGAUAAGAAGUACCUCUAUCGAGCCUGUAAGUUUGCAGAGUGGUGUCUUGAUUAUGGAGCACAUGGGUGUCGCAUUCCUGACAGACCUUAUUCCCUCUUUGAAGGUAUGGCUGGUGCUGUUCACUUUCUCUCUGAUAUCUUGGUACCAGAGACGUCACGGUUUCCAGCAUUUGAACUUGGCUUUUUGCAGAAAGAUUAAAAAGGUGCAAAAGGACAACUAACAUACCCAUUGGACCAAAAGCCACCUGACUGAUUAGUGCCUGACACAGAACUUACUGAAAAUCCUAAAAGAGGAAGAAAAAUAAAAGGGCAAAAAUCUCCACAAGCCCCUUUUGUUGCAAAGACCCCCAAAUUAGAGCAUGAGUGAUAGAAACUACAUCAUCAGCAUUUUGUGACAGCGUUUCCCUUAACGGUGAAAUAAGAACUCUUCAUAUCUAGGCUCCCCGUAGUGUGCAUGUUUCUUGGUGCUUGUCUAUAGGUGUAAACUGACUAAAUAGAAAAGCCACACUUUCACUUGAACUCUUAGCUGAGCAUGUGUGACUGUUUAAGGCGACAGCCCCACAUUUUUGUAUAUAGUAUCUAAAGUAGAGUGUCAUCUCUAUCAACAGAGAAACAGUUGUAUUACAUGUCUGAAACAUCAGCUAGCAAAUCUAGAUACCCUGUGAGAAAACUGUGUUCGCAUUUUCCAUGGGCCAUUUUCAGAAGCACAUGAGUGAAAGACAGCUUCCUGAACCAGCAGGAGAGUGGGUGAGUCAGCGUGCACUGCAGAGUUAGGGAAGGCACAGUUGACACCACUUCCUCAUUGUAUCUUUCGGUCAAUACAAUUAGUGACUAAACAUUAGCAAUUCUCAGACAUUCACCCAGAUACAUAUUAUUAAAACAGACUCCAACUGUCAUCAGUAUUGCUGUGUAAAACAGAGUAGAUAUAAUGCCAGUCUGAUCCAUCCAUAUCCCUUCAAAACUUUAUUUCAUAUUUUGAUAAAUUAUUAAAGUUAUGAAUUUAAAAUUAAAACAGUCCUUAUUUUUCAUACAAGUUGAAGUGAUAAAAAUAAAUUCUAGGCUGAAUUUAUACACAUAAGGAACAAAAUAUUGUAACUAAGACAAAUGUUAUCUAGAUGAUUUUAAAAAUGAUUUUUAAGGGCAUUAAGUUGGUUUCAUCUAUGGUUAGUAAUUCUGUCACAAAAAAUUUCAGAAUUUGGUUAUUGUUCAUGAUACAAGUGGGUUAGAUUUCCUAAGCAUGUUUUCUUGUAGAAAUAAUGUCAUAAAAAACAAAGCAGGAUUGUGUAAUGAUCUGGACCUCAGUACUUUCAUAUUGUCACCAUCCUGGAAUGGUGACAGUCUGAAAUAGAAGGUUUCUUCAUGCAUGGACCAUUUUGAGUGUUGAACCUUGCUUGUGGGGCUAGUACCCUAAACAUCUGGCCUUUAGUUUCCAUCCAGGUGAUGCCUCAGAAGUCUCUUCAUACAGGUACACUUGAUUCUAAAUCAUGACUGUUCUGUUCACCAUGGGUUGAUUACUUCUAUGUGUAUAAAUCCCCAGGAUUAUCCUUUAACUCACUUCCUGAGCCUGAUAAUGGGCUUCUCAGGGCUGCCCAGUACCUCGUGACCUGAAGGCAGAGCAAACCAUUCCAAACAGUCUUGAGGGGAAGCCGUUCUGCACAAGACCUCAUGUGCUGUCAGUCUCAUCUGAACCAAACAUUUUUCAUUUUCUUACGCAUUUCAUCAAAAGUAUUACAUGGCAGAGCUAAUCUCUGAGAUCCUGAUUGUUUUGAAGGAAGCUCCUGGGGCUAAGUAGGAAGCCCUUUUCUGAAUCAGGGUGGCAGCUUGUAGAGCUUUGAGUGAGGUCCUCAAGGUAGCAGUAGCAGUGGUAAGUCUUUCCUUAUGUUUACUCAUGCCUGUCUCUUUGUGACCAACAUGCUGAGAGAAAAAUCAAAUACCCAUAGGAUGAAUGGGGAAGGGUUUGUUUACAGAUUUCCUUUAAGACAGGUGGACUGACACCUUCCGCCUCACCACGGUGUAUCACCAGAUGUGCAUCUCAGUCGCUCUACACUGACUCCCUUCCUUGUACCCACUGCAUAUGCUGCUGUCCUACAAAAGCUGCAACCCCCAUCCCAUGGGGCAAAGGAAAGUGGCAUGUGAAUCAGGACUGAGGGCUCACAUUUAACCAUGUGAUAGUUAUAAACAAUUGACAUCAAAUUUAAGAACCUCUCACUUUUGUUUCUUAGGCUUGUUUUAUGUCAACGACUGUAUUCUAAAUGUGGUGAAAAUUUAAAAAUAUGUACACACAGAAUACCAUUAAAAUCUGGAGGGAAAAUGUUAAUGUCCACAGAAAGUGUUUGGGGUUCUUUGGUUUUGUUAAUAAAAGACAGUUUGUGGUGAUGACUUA